CGCGCGGCGAGGCUCGCGCCCGUCCGCGUUCGCGCGUCGGGAUGAACCCCGCGCCCGCGCCCGCGCGCGACGGGAGCGGCGACCCGUCCCUCGCGCGCGGUCUUAACCCCGGCGGACGAGCCGAAUCGCUCGCGGAUCUCGCGGAGCCGCGCCCGCGUCGCGAGCUCGCGUUGUCCCCCGCGCUCCUCGCGUACGACGCCUUCGCGGACGAGCUUCGCGUCGCGCUGAGGAACGGCACGGGCGAGCGCGCGAGCGACGAGGCCGGGAUGGGGAUCGAGAAGAUCAUCGGCGCGCGAUGGCGACGGAUGAGCGCGAGCGAGCGAGAGGCGCACGUGGAAAAAGCGCGCGAGGCGCGGCGGAAGAUGUUGUCGCGCGCGGACGCGGACGGCGGCGGCGGCGGCGGCGAGACCGCGGGGAAGAAGGCUAAGAAGAAGCAGAAGCGCGCGGCGGAGGCGGAGGCGGACGUCGCCCCGGACGCGCUCGCGCUAGCGCCCGCGAAGAAGAAGCGCGGGCGCGGGCGCCCGACGAAGACCGCGGCGGCCCCCGCCGCCGCGGCUGCACAGCUGUGCGUCGCCGACGCGCCGCCCGCAGGCGCGCCGAGACCGGUGACGAUCGCCGCGCCCGGCGCGCUGGCGGCCCACCCGGAGUCGUCUAAGCAGCGCGAGCGAACGCGCGCGAAGAUCGUCCCGAACCUCACGCGCGUCAUGACGCCGACGGGCCCUGGCGAGACGACGCCGCCGGGGGCGGAGAAUUUCGUCGGGAGGGCCGUGGAAGGGAUGGUGGACGGGACGUUCGACGCGGGGUUUCUGCUCACCGCGCGCGUGGACGGCGCGCUCAUGCGAGGGAUCGUGUGGAAGGAGGAAACAACCGCGGUCGGGAAACGCGGAGGAAAGCGAAGGAAAGCGAGGGGCGCCGCGAGGAGGGAGAACGCCGCGGCGGAGGGGGCCGCGGCGGGGGGGGACGGCGACGGCGCGUAGCCGCGAUCGUACAAUUACAAAAUACGCUUAUUAGAC